GUUUUCGAGGUUGUUUUGAAUCGCGAUUUUGUUGAGUAAUUUAACUUUCUGAUAAGAUUGAUUUUUAUUAGCUAGCACCCUCAAAGGAUGUUUCAUGACUUUUUAUCUGUUUUUUUGAAUUUCAAGUGGCACUAUAUAUUUUGCUUUUAGCAGUCCUCUCUUGAGAAAAUCCACAAACGUUUAACGAAUUCUCUCUGAUCUGGAGAAAUUUUGAGGUUUUUGUGCCACUUUAUGCUCUAAAUUUUUUCUAUGGCGGCUUCUCAAAAGUUUCUCAGAAAUCAGAAGUUUAACCUUCUGAAGAUCACAGUAGAUGAGAGAGGAUUGUCUCCACUAAUUGUCAAUUUAUUCGGUCGUACUUUGGGGUUUAAUUUUCAUUGUAAUAGUAAUUCUCUGUUCAGUGAUAAUUGCUCAACUGAUAAAGUUCCGUAGAAUGUCUUCUACUGUCCUUGAUGCGGAAUUUCGUUUCGUCGCUGUUUGAAAUUUUUCGCUCAAUUACUCGCGUAACAUUUUACUACACAUUUGUUUGUUCACCUCAUGGUCUGAUGUCAAAUAUCUCAUAUAUUUGCUUCGAAUUUCAUAACAAACCACACGACGACCGCAAUCGAUUACGUUAGAAGAGUAGUACAUGGUUAAAUACAUGUUUUAACAAGCAAAAACUACCAUAUUGUAUAUGGAUAUUCAUAAUGGACAGAUGCUUGAGCAAUGAUCGUUAUGUAUUGUUGUCUUAAGUGCCUAGUCCUAAUGUCAUUUGUAAAGAUUCGGAAGAUAAAUCAUAGAUAAUGGGUUAUUAGUAAAGAAUGUAUCGUUAUUUAUACGUGCAUAUGAAAUCAAACAGGCUUACGCAGCAUACACUUUGUUCUGAAAUUUCAAAUGCCAGUGAGAAAUUUCUGCACAGGAUAAGGAAGCGCUUUAACAAUAACGUAGUUAAACAUAAAAGAACAAUUCAAUUAUAACGUCUCUCUUUAACUUCAGUGUUACUAUUGCCAGCCGAAAUAAUCUCCUUGUGAAUUCUGAAAUUUAAUGAACAUGAACAUUUACAACAAAGUCAAACUGCUGUAAUUUGUUAAAAAAAAACUGUUGACUUGAAGUAUGAAUUACGGUUAUGUUUGCUAAUACUGAACACUGCCUAUAGAACAGCAGUGAAUAGUUAUAACUUCAAAUUAACACAUGUAUGUUCUUGUUUUCGUCGAUGGUUUUUCUGUAUUUUAUCUCAUCGGGGAAAUAUUCUUGCGUUGCGAUAUCAUUCAGUUUAGAAAGCUGUCUUUUGUUGACGAAUAAAGACAAGAACCGAUAUGUUAGUGCAUCUAGUAGUUGGAAAAAAUCCUUACUCUGUAUGUACCCGUAAAACCCUCACUUCUAAGGUGCUCUUUUUGAUGAAGUUCUGAGUAGUGUAAAAUGACUGGUAACUCCAGGUUUCAUGACAUAUGACAAAAUAUAGCGCGUGGAUGUAAUCAGAUUGUCAUCCGUUAACGGCAUCAGCAUGGCCAUCUGGGAUGAGAAUAAAUAAUUGCAUGCAAUUUGUUGACUUACAAAUUUAUCCCUCAUAUCCUUUUGCUGAAGAUAUGUGUCUAACGUUUGCAGUUCCUCUUCACAUGACAAAGUAAACUGCAAACUUGAUAGUCCGAUAUAAAAUUUCUAUAGAUGUUCACACCCAUCAGACAAAGUCAUUAGCUGCAUAAUGUUUAUCCGAUUUUAAGCAUUUACUGCAGCUGGAUACGUGACUCACUCGGUCGCUAACGCACUGCCUACACGCCUAGACUCGGACGUUGAGGGCAACGCAACCAAUUGUGUCGAACUAGUUUAUCGACAUCUUUGAAGAAAACACGCCUACUUGGUAACUGGUGAGAUAAAUGCGUCCAGCAAGCAAGAUUUAGGAUAUUGAGCGUGGCUGUUUCUAGCCUGCAUCUCACCCACAUCCAUGUCAAUGGAAUUGUACAGAAACCCUUUUUUCUGUUUUAAUGUAUAUCUUUGAAAUAUUAUUAAGAUUACUGUACUGAAUUCUUCAGUUUCUCUUAGUUUAGUGGCAAGAUAUUUUCGUCCGUAAAUCUGCCGACAAGGUACCCAGCCAAGUUGUUGACCCGAAUGGGUCAAUUCAAGGUGCUACCGCCAUUUCUCUCAAUGUGUUGGAGAAACGUGUGACACGAGUAUUUCACUCGUUUUUUUGACCUUCAAACCGGUAUAACGGCUUCGGGUCCACAGCACCUCACCAGUCCUCUCGAUACUUCGAAUAUAGCUUACUAAAGUCGAAUUUAUUUGUGAAAUUAUCUGCAGAUUUUACGCAAUGGCAACUGAUAAUUAUAUUCCCACUGAUAUAGAUAAAAAGCAGGUUGAUAAUAAUGGAAAUGAGAAAUUUAUAGCUGCUAUUGAUCAAGGUACAAGUAGUUCAAGAGUGAUUAUAUUUUCAAUCAACAAUGGAAGUAUAAUAGCUAUGCAUCAAAUAAGUGUAACACAAAGUUAUCCGUCAGCUGGAUGGAUUGAAAUGGAUGCUAAUCAGAUUUAUACAACAAUUCUAGAAUGUUUAAAUAAAUGUGUAGAACAAUUAAAAUCAUUAGAUAAAAAUAUUAAAGAUAUUAUUGGUGUUGGGAUUACAAAUCAACGUGAAACAACGAUUGCAUGGAAUAGUGAAACAGGUGAACCAUUAGCUCCAGCUAUUGUUUGGUCUGACGCAAGAACUGCUGAUGAUGUUAUAAAAUUUAUACAAAUGGCGCCUGGUAAUAAAUCGAAUGCUUUUCAGCAUAUUACAGGUUUACCGAUACAUAGUUAUUUCUCAGCUUUAAAAAUGAAUUGGUUACUAAAUAAUGUAAAGUCAGUGGUUAAAGCAGAUGAAGAAAAUAAAUUAUUAUUUGGCACAGUUGAUUCAUGGCUAAUAUGGAAACUAACUAGUCAGAUGUGCCAUGUUACUGAUGUGACGAAUGCAAGCCGUACACUACUAUUUAAUUUGAAUACAUUGGAGUGGGAUCAUGAUCUAUGCCAAUUUUUUCAUAUUAAUCCACGUACACUUCCGAAAAUAGUAACAUCAUCUGAAUUAAUCGGUGUUAUUCAAGAUUCAAAAUGUUUAAUGAAAGGCGUUCCUAUUUAUGGGAUAUUAGGUGAUCAACAAGCAUCACUUGUUGCACAAACAUGGGGACUGUCCAGUUCUGUGGAUGAAAAUAAUUUAUCAGAUAUAUCCAGGGUUAAAGUAACGUAUGGAACUGGAGCAUUUAUGCUAUGGAAUAUUGGUUGUCAACCAUAUUUUUCAGAUAAAGGUGUUCUAACCACAAUAGCGUAUAAAAUGGGUUCAAAAGGAAGACCAUAUUAUGCUUUAGAGGGUGCUAUAUCAUUUUCUGGGGCUACAAUGAGAUGGUUAAAGACAAAACUGGACGUGUUUAAAGAUGAUGCGGAAUGUGAGAAAUUGUCUGCUUCAGUAUACAGAAAACAAAGAUUUAAUGAACCAGAUCCAUGCUAUUUAGUCCCAGCAUUUAGUGGUCUUUUCUGUCCAUGGUGGCAAGAAAGUGCACGUUGUGUCAUUUGUGGAAUCACAGCGAAUGUUGAUAAAUCUGAUCUUGUUUAUGCUGGCUUAAGAUCAUCUGUUUAUCAAACAUAUGAUGUUCUCUUUGUGGCUACUUUAGCUAAAGCUAAUAAUAAAUGCAAUUCAAUAGUUCCAUUAAUGGCAUUAAAAAAGCCAAAUGAAAUUAUUGUUGAUGGUGGGAUGUCCAAUAGUGACAUUCUUAUGCAAAGCUUAGCUGACAUUUUGAAUGUAACUGUUCGACGUCAUAAUCAUUCUGAUGUUAUGACUGCAUUAGGUGCGGCAAUUACUGUGGCAUUAGCACUGGACAUUAAUCCAACUGGAUUAUUAAAAAUUCGAGAAUAUUCGACUAAUAAAUCAGAUGAAUAUCAGUCAGCAUUUUAUUCAAAAAUUAAUUCAAAUGAUCGCGCAGUUAAAUUAUACGGUUGGCAUGAAUCAAUUAAACGAAGUUUAAACUGGACAUCGAAUAAAUCAAUAAGUGAAUCACAGAAUACACUUUUCGAUUUAUUGGAUCAUAUCUGUAACGAGCGACAUGAAGAUGAGAAGAAAACUAAAGAAAAUCAGUGUUCACUGAAUUUAUCACAAAAAAUAUCGUUUGGUCUAACAGUUAUUGGUGUAUUUUUACUUGGACUGUUGGUUGGUCAGAGAAUUAAAUGAUCUGUUUACGUUAUAGCUUAUCAUAUAUAUAUGAGAGGCGAUGAUUUUAACUUAAUUUCAGAACGAACUAUCUUAUUAUCAGUCAUCUUAUCUAUUUCAUAAAAUAUACUUAAAUAAUUUUC